UCUGCCUUCCCGGAGUGCUUCGCGCCGGGCCCCUUCAGCGUGGGUGAGCGAAUGUGAGAGUCAGCGUCGCGCCGUGCGCGCCGUCCGCCUCCGCUGCUCGGCGCCCUUAUUUCGGCUGCGAGGGGCGGGCGCGCGCGUAAAGGCAUAGAGACGGGCGUUGAGCUCUUGGGCUAGAGCGUCGCCGAGUCGGAGCCGGAGCCCGAGCCGCGCGCUGUGUCUCCGCUGCGUCCGCCGAGGCCCCCGAGUGUCAGGGACAAAAGCCGCCGCCGCGCCGCCUGCUCCCGUCGCCGGGGCUCAUCCGCUGCCGCCGCCACCCUGAGGAGAGUCCGCCGCCGUCGCCACCCGUGAGGAUCCAAGAGCCAUGUCGGCCAGCAGCCUCUUGGAGCAGAGACCAAAAGGUCAAGGAAACAAAGUACAAAAUGGAUCUGUACAUCAAAAGGAUGGAUUAAAUGAUGAUGAUUUUGAACCUUACUUGAGUCCACAGGCAAGGCCCAAUAAUGCAUAUACUGCCAUGUCAGAUUCCUACUUACCCAGUUACUACAGUCCCUCCAUUGGCUUCUCCUAUUCUUUGGGUGAAGCUGCUUGGUCUACCGGGGGUGACACAGCCAUGCCCUAUCUAACUUCUUAUGGACAGCUGAGCAACGGAGAGCCUCACUUCCUACCAGAUGCAAUGUUCGGACAACCAGGAGCCCUGGGUAGCACUCCAUUUCUUGGUCAGCAUGGUUUUAAUUUCUUUCCCAGUGGGAUUGACUUCUCAGCUUGGGGAAAUAACAGUUCUCAGGGACAGUCUACUCAGAGCUCUGGAUAUAGUAGCAAUUAUGCUUAUGCACCUAGCUCCUUAGGUGGAGCCAUGAUUGAUGGACAGUCAGCUUUUGCCAGUGAGACCCUCAAUAAGGCUCCUGGCAUGAAUACUAUAGACCAGGGGAUGGCAGCCCUGAAGUUGGGUAGCACAGAAGUUGCAAGCAAUGUUCCAAAAGUUGUAGGCUCUGCUGUUGGUAGCGGGUCCAUUACUAGUAACAUCGUGGCUUCCAAUAGUUUGCCUCCAGCUACCAUUGCUCCUCCAAAACCAGCAUCUUGGGCUGAUAUUGCUAGCAAGCCUGCGAAACAGCAACCCAAGUUGAAGACCAAGAAUGGCAUUGCAGGGUCAAGUCUUCCACCACCUCCAAUAAAACAUAACAUGGAUAUUGGAACUUGGGAUAACAAGGGUCCUGUGGCAAAAACCCCCUCACAGGCUUUGGUUCAGAACAUAGGUCAGCAGCCAACCCAGGGGUCUCCGCAGCCUGUAGGUCAGCAGGCUAACAAUAGCCCACCAGUGGCUCAGGCAUCAGUAGGGCAACAGACACAGCCAUUGCCCCCACCACCACCACAGCCUGCCCAGCUCUCAGUGCAGCAACAGGCAGCUCAGCCAACCCGCUGGGUAGCACCUCGGAACCGUGGCAGUGGGUUCGGUCAUAAUGGGGUGGAUGGUAAUGGAGUAGGACAGUCUCAGGCUGGAUCUGGAUCUACUCCUUCAGAACCUCACCCAGUGUUGGAGAAGCUGCGGUCCAUUAAUAACUAUAACCCCAAGGAUUUUGACUGGAAUCUGAAACAUGGCCGGGUUUUCAUCAUUAAGAGCUACUCUGAGGACGAUAUCCACCGUUCCAUUAAGUAUAAUAUCUGGUGCAGCACAGAGCAUGGGAACAAGAGACUGGAUGCUGCUUAUCGCUCCAUGAACGGGAAGGGCCCCGUUUACUUACUUUUCAGUGUCAACGGCAGUGGACACUUCUGUGGCGUUGCAGAAAUGAAAUCUGCUGUGGACUACAACACAUGUGCAGGUGUUUGGUCCCAGGACAAAUGGAAGGGUCGUUUUGAUGUCAGGUGGAUUUUUGUGAAGGACGUUCCCAAUAGCCAGUUGCGACACAUUCGCCUAGAGAACAACGAGAAUAAACCAGUGACCAACUCCAGGGACACUCAGGAAGUGCCUCUGGAAAAGGCUAAGCAGGUGUUGAAAAUCAUAGCCAGCUACAAGCACACCACUUCCAUUUUUGAUGACUUCUCACACUAUGAGAAACGCCAGGAGGAAGAAGAAAGUGUUAAAAAGGAACGUCAAGGUCGUGGGAAAUAAGAGGCAGUUCUGCACAGACUGCAGCAACGGUUGCAUCUGCAUAUCCUAAGAGGAAAAAAAUUGACCUUCAAGAGAAUUAGGACUUUUUUCUUAAUUUCAUUGACUUCAGAGACGAUUGCAGACUUGCAGUUUAAGUAUUGGAAUUUCACAAAAGACAUAGGACUUAACUGGAAAAUGAAAAAAAAAAGAAAAAGAAAAAACUAAACAAAAAAUCCCUCUAGGUAGUUUAGGUGAAAAAUGUCCCUUUUAUUUUGGCUUUGGUUGUGAUUUCAGAGCAUAAUGCUUUGUUUUUUUGUCUUUUUACUAUGUUUUUCGGAUUUUAAAGUCCGUAAGUGCAUACAGUUUUCUCUAAUUUUUAAACCCUUUCCUCCCCCCAUUUUGACAUUUGCACUUGGAGAACACUUGAGUUUUGAAGGUUUUGGGCAUCCACCCCAGAAAGUGGGAAUUUGUUUUUUCCCUUCCGAACUGGAAGAACAUUUUUAUGAAGAAUUUUUGUCUUGGAGAAUUUAACAGUGUUACCCAAGGUUGUGUCUUUAAGGGUGGUUCAUUUUCUCUGACCCUUUGUUAUUCAAAGUAAAAUACUAGGAGUCCUAAGAAAUGUUCUGUUCUUGUACAUUAUACUGAUUAAGUCAGGAUUAAUUUGAUUUCAAAGCUAAGAACAGUGGUAAAAACUUGUUUACAGAAAUGCAUUUUGGAAGAGAAAAAUAUUGUAAAACGUGUAGUGAAUGUUUCUUCAGUUUCUUGUUCAGCCAAUGAGGAAAGGGCAUUGCCUUUCUUUUUACCAUUAAUCACUUCUCAAUAAACAUGAGAUCCUGUUGAGCAUCA